AAGUGGAGAGGGGCAUUCGAAUACGGCGACCGGAAUGUUCACACAAAACUCAUCCCACAAGACAACACAACACCACUUUUCUUCCACACGCAUCGCGCCGCCAUCGAUUUUAUCAUCAUCAAGAAUACAUUGCAAAGUUGCAUUUCUAUGCAUCCGAACUUUCCAGGCCUCUAGGCUCAUGAGAAUUUAACAAUUUCAUGAUGAUGCUAAGAAAUAGUCUUAAGAAUGCUAAGCAACAGUGAAGUCUGGGUAUCAACAAAUCUUAUCACAUUUACAUUCCACAGUAAUUUUGGCUUGUAGUAACGCCAACAUUCAAAUACCACUCGUUUUCGCGUCUUGCGCGUUGUCAUGUAUCAUAAUGUUCUUGCUAUAUAUAAAUCGUUGACGAUUUAUUCUUCCUCGCUUUCUCGUUCUUACUUUUUCUCCCUCUGCAGACCCGGAUGUUCCUUUUUCUCUUCUUGAUUUGAAAUUCCUGAACGAUCAUGUUGACUUUAUUGGUACUUACUUCAGUUCUUUGCAUUUUACCCAUCGGAGUUUCAGGAAGAAACAAGAAGUCGGCUCUUAUUCAUCUCACCUAUAGUAGGUCGACAGAUGAUGAUGGUCAAGAGAAUUACAAACAUGUUAGUGUAGCACAAACCUACCAAGAAGGAUCCACUGGGCGGACAUCCUCGAUCAACUAUACGUUGCCUUGGCCUGCUACUAAGUCUAUUCGACCCAGCCCUACUUCCCAAGGGAUGAAUGUCACUUCAGUAAUUCCCGUUUUCGAGACGUGCAACUUGCCAGAUGCAAGGACUACAUCAUGUUCGCCUUCUUUUCAGACUAUCAUCACGACUAAAUGUUCAACUGUCUUAACAGGAUACUUUACUAAGCAUACUGUCUCUGAAUGUGAUGAGAUUGUCACCUUCUCUACACAGUACGGCUAUUCUUUAGCUACUACAACACCUCCUGCGAGCAGCGUCUCAGUUCUUCACAAGCGCCAGGAAAUUCCGCCGUUGACGAAUAACUAUGUUCAAAAUGUUACAACAUAUUAUGCCGCUCCAUGGCGGUCAAUUGCAGCAGAUGAUCCAUCAGAUAUACACGUUCAAAUAUGCGGACUGUCAUCCGACGGCGUUCAAAUGUGUACAACUGUCACUGAAAUCUGGGUCAUUCAUACGGAAUAUCUACCGAUUUAUUACACUGGGGCCAUCUCAGUUUCCACUGCAGUAUCUUCGACCGCAGUGUUAGCAUUUGCUCCCGAAAUAUAUAUAACUGUCACGCCCGGAACUCUCGUACUUUCAACAAAGAUAGUAUCUACAAGUUUAUCGGCGAAGAACAUAACCUCAACUUCUAGAAUCGACAAGUCGAGUUCUGAAUCAUUAGGCUCUGCAUCUAGCACUCAAGAUUCGACGAAAACAAUUUACGUCACUGGUCCGGGUAGCACCACGACGAUAAAUUUAGGGAUGGCAUUAUCUCUCACCUCAAUCCAGGAGCCGGCAACUCGCACAACCACAAUAACGAGUACGACAAGGAUAACUAAAACCACCACUUUCACGCCUGUAAGUCUAACCAUGUCAUAAAUCUUCAUGAUAUUUACCGAUAAUCAUCCAUAGCGUCUUACCGUUUCCCCAACCAUUUAACUAUUCAGCGAAUUUCGAACUUCACUUGAAUUUGAGAGUCUGAUAUUUAGACAGAACGGGAUUCAUUCUUUUGUGCAGGAUAUCGCACCUGGAGACUUCUAGACAAAAGACCUGUUGGCUUUUGAUCUUAUGUAGGAAUCGAUAGAUACGCACUUCAAACCUAUGGCUCUAUCUACAAGUAAUGCUCAUAUUUGCUCCUUUCCCUGUGGCCGUUUUUGUGUCUUUCAAUCUAGUUCAAAUCAUUAUUCGUAAUCUUCGCCUUUCCGUAGGUAUCAGUAUACCAAGACUAUUGGUUUCAAUUUCAGUUUGAAUAGCUUGUAAACUAUCUCAAUGGAUAGUAAUAC